UUUUCAUAUUUAUUUAUUUAUGUAUUUAUAGCCUACCUAUUUCAUAAGUUUGUGCAACCACCUUACACGUGAGCCUACAGAGCUGUGUUUUCUCUCUGGCAGGUGAAGUGGACACCUAACAGCUAGUUAGCUGGUGAGCUGGUUAGCUGUCCAUAUGGACCAGGACUUGCAGACUGACCCAGAUAAUCUCUGUUGGAGGAUUAAAGCAAUGUCUCUGAGGAGGAGGAGGACAUCCUGUACGGACUGUAUUCCUGUUAUAGAGCUGCUACACUCUUGCAGGACACAUUCCACCUGCUGACUAUAAUGCCUCCCACAAAGAGCUCCAACCACUGGACCUUAUCUGAGUUACUCGGGCAGCGGAGGCUGUUGGGCCUCGGAGCUCUGCUGGCAUGGCUCGUCCUCUUCCACCUCCUUGUGAACGUCUGGCUCCUCUGCGUCUUCACCAGCCUCUUGGUGGUUCUCGGCGGCUGGCUCGGGUCCCGUGCCGUGCUGGACGCAAACAGCGUCCUCCACUUGGAACACUUUUUGCCUCUCGGCAAAGUCAACCCGCCUCUGUAUUCGCCCGAGCACGAGUGGAGGUUGAACCACGAGAUCAACAGCGCUGUCCACAAAGCGAUGCGUGACUUUGUGUCCUCGUGGUACCGCACCCUGCUGCCAGAGGUGGAGGGGGAGUUCGAACGCGCUGUGCGUAAUUCGAUGCUGGAGUCGGUAAUGGAACUGAAGGAGCGUGCGCGGCGAGUGGACAGAAAGGCGUUGGUUCAGCGGCUGCUAGAGCUGUACGGCUGUCACCUGCAGAGCUACAUGACGGCGAGACAGAUACAGUCGACGCAAAAGCAGAGCUUCAGCCUCUGGCAGCUCUACAGCGAAGUAGAUGCCCCUCACCCAGCUGUAAGCAGCGCAGCCGCUGAGCUCAGCUACUCUAGAGCUCUAGUUAACGUCGUCUUACACGUGCUUGUCCCAUACCCUCAGAUGGAAACCAGGACCGGAGGUUACAUGGUUACAGAACUCAUCACCUGCAACGUGCUGUUGCCGCUCAUAAGCAGGGUGUCUGAUCCUGACUGGCUCAACCAGACCAUCGUAGAAAUAAUCACCAGGUCCAGAGAACCACAGGAUGAGCUGCCAGAUGCAGCUGCACUGUACAGAUGUCAGAUCCAGCAGGAGUCGUGGACCACCUGCAGGUCUUCUUCUGAUCAAUCCGGUCUCACCAGCAGAAGCGCCUCUGACCUUGACGACCUCCAGAGCCAGAGUAGCAUCUGUGAGAGGGAUUCCUCGCAGAGCAGCAUGGUUAGCCUGACGUCUGUAGAGAAAGUAGAAGGUUGCCACGCAGGUUUGCUCACGCCCUGCAAAGUGAACUGCUGUUCACUCUCGUCUGGCCGAUACUCCCACUCGCCAGAGUCCAAAAUGGUUUCACUGGACUCCUUAAUUCAAUCAGACUCCGAAGAAGACCUGACGGGAGGCUUUUGUGACUGCGGCCCUCCGAAAAACUUCUGCAACUCGAUCGUUUCAAAGGACGACGAGGCGUUCGGCUGCUUCGGUCCUCUGAAGAAUCUCGGACCAAAGGUGGUGGUGCCCGAUGACUCCCAGUGGCCUGCAGGUAUAGCCCAAGAGAAACCCCCGACGUUAUCGCCGAGAAGACUUUGUCUAACCUCCUGCAACUUUGAUACCCCCAACAUCCAAGCUGCACCUGUGAACAUCCAGAACGUGCAAAUUUCUGGUACGCUCAAUGUGAAGGAGCAACGUGGCACAGGCACACAUCCCUAUACUCUCUACACUGUAAAGUUUGACACGAUGGCUGAAGCAGAAAACGGCGGCAGUCUGCAGCCUGCGUCCUGUCACACCGUCAACCGGAGGUACAGCGAGUUCCUCAACUUGCAAACACGUUUAGAGGAGAAGCCUGAAGUCAAGAAAGUAAUCAAGAAUGUCAAAGGCCCAAAGAAAAUGUUCCCUGACCUCCCAUUUGGCAAUGCAGACAGCGAAAAGGUUGAAGCCCGUAAAAGCCAACUGGAUACGUUCCUUAAACAAUUAAGCAGCAUUCCUGAGACAUCCAACAGCGAGGACAUGCAGGAGUUCCUGGCUCUCAACGCAGACGUCUCCACGUAUUUUGGAAGGAAGCCGUUUGUCAAGUCAAGAAUUGAUAAGAUGAUGGAGAACGCUUUAGACACCUUGAAGACAGCUUUCCCUCAUCCGGAGCCCCUCAGUCCAACAGAGGAGCUUGAGGGAGAUGCUGAUGGAAGAACAAUGGACAGCAGAAAGUACAGGAGGCUGAUAUUCCAAAGCAAAAUCUCCCCGUCUCUCAACAUACCUGACCUACACCCUAAAGUGACGUACUGCUUCAGUGAAGGCAGCGCUGUCCUCAACGGCAUGUCCCUGUGUGGCCUGGAGAGCUUCGUCAAAGAGCAGGAGAGACUUUUAUGUGGGCCGAGUGGGAAAGAGACAGCCAGGCACAGCUGUGAGCAGCCGGGCAAAGACAAGAGGACUUCAGGGAAAACUCACGGGACAGACACAGCUGUGGCAGAUGUGGCUUUGAACAUUUUGUGUCUGCUGAUGAAGGACCAGUGGAGCUGGCUGUGCACCGAGAACAUACAGAAGACCAUCAGGCUGCUCUUUGGCACCUUCAUUGAGAGGUGGUUGGAUGUAGGAGUUGCCCACCUUACCAGUGCCCCCUGUUGGGUGAUUUACCUACAAGUGAUGCAGGAAGCUGUAUGGCCCGGCGGCACGCUGCCAGCUCAACCACGGCCGGAGCGUAGCACCGAAGAAAGAGAGGAAACCAAGGAGGAAUGUCUGGACUGUCUCAUGCAGCUGCUCCCCGAGCUCAUCACUGACAUGCUGGGGAGUGAGAAGUACAGACUGAGCUUGGAGACCAUGCUGGAGUCUUUACAGGAUCAUCAGAUAAACAAGCAUCUGAUCUACUGCAUCUGUGACCUGCUGCUGGAGUUUCUGAUCCCCGAGUCGUGCAACGAGACCUUCCAGGGGUCCCUGCUACAGAGCCUGGCCAAAGACACGGAGAGGGACGCUCCUCACAUGUGAUCAGCACAUAACGACACUCUGAUGCCUCACAGUUGUAGGCAAUCGAUGGAUAAUGUGUUUGAGGGUUGUGACGUAUUCGCAAUGGCUUGAAGUCACUAGAGUCCAGCAGCAGUCAAUCAAAUCCCCACUACUGAUCUUACAGUAUGUGCAUGUCUGAAUUAUUACUUUUUUAAUGAUAUUUCUUAAAUGUGUUGAACUGUUUUGAUGUGUAAAAUAUAUUCAGAAGUCUGUUUUAAGAUUUUAUGUAUGUAAGGCUUUUAUUUCCCUUCGUCUGAUGAUUUGUAUAUUACACUUCUCAAUGCAUUUAGUGCCUUCAGCUGCAGCACUGUGACAGCUCUCAGUUAAAUCAACAGUGCUCUAAAAAGACGAGCUAGGUGACUGCUUAGAAUAUCUGACUUUGAUUAAACAUCAUGUACUGUAAGAUCAUUUAAGCACAUAUAUUUUGUUUUUACAGUAAUAGUGUAGCUUUAAAGUAAAACUUUAAAGUUGAAUGGUCAUAACAAGAGUUUGUAUUGGCAUCGGCAGUGAUGUUUGAGGAUGUCUCAAUUUGCUUUUACCUGACAGUCUGUGGGAACCAUCCUUGAAUGAAGAAAUUAGUCAGACCUUAAUAUUAAGAGCACUACAUGUGUGAAAAGAGUAACUUCAAUGAUUCCCCCUAAGAUCCCAGACGGAAAUUUCAUCAAUAAAAAGUGAUUUAGCGCAGGCAGUGUUAUAGCUUUCCCAUGUUCUUUUGAUCCUGACCAGCCUUUGAAAAACUCUGACUGCUUCACAGCCAACCUCUUUGAUGAGGCUAUAUUAGUGUGAAAGAUUAACACCUCACUGCAUGACUUAUGAAACCACUGUGAAAAAUGUUCCUUUUAUAUUUGACUUAAGUGGCAGAUUGAGAAAAAAAAAAGGAACAAAAUCACCAUCUAUGAAGUGUUUCCAUAUGGCAACAUAGCAUUGUCGCCCACAACAUAUGAAGCCAAUAUUCUUGUGAUAAAAGCUUGCUCAAAU